GCCAGUGCACACCACGCUACCGCUUGACCAUCGGCACCCACUCCGUCUUUCCUUUCCUUUUUUUAAAUCUAAAACCACGAAAUGUCUCCUUCCAGAAAGUUCCUGAAGCUCUCGAUAAUUCUCUUGCUCGUCACAUCGACGUAUAUUUAUCUGAGAGGUGCCGUAUGUCUCGAUAAGGUUUACGAAAAGGAAUAUAACCACGAAGACGUCGCUCGAAGGUUUGUGCAGCGCCGAGAGCAGAUGAGGAAGACGUGUGAGGCGAUGAAGAGGAAAAGAGAACCAGUAAGACACACGAUUAGAAAUUUUAUGUUUCGUCUUUGGAAUUACAACGUGUCGCUCUGCUCCAUCCCGAAGUGCGGCUGGACGACCUGGGUCAAUAACAUGAAGAAGAUUAAUGGUCGUCAUCCUCUUUAUGACGAAAGGAGGUUCAAGCUCUUGCGGCAGGCGGAUGACGUCAUCAUAAGCGGCGUGAGGGAUACCGUGACCCUCAUUUCUGUGAGGCACCCUCUCGUCCGCCUGGUGUCAGCCUUCAGGAACAAGUUUUUGGACGGACGCCCCUUCGAAAAGGUAGGGGGUUACCUGCGCAUGGCUCUCCAGGUGUUGCAAUUGCCAGCUGAUCGCAACUAUAUCAGUUUCUCAGAAUUUCUUGUUCACGUGAUCAAAACCAGAAGUCACCCGGACAGACACUGGAACACUUACCGAGAGCUGUGUUCCCCGUGUUACUUCAACUACAACUACAUCGCCCUCCUGGAGACCUACACGGAGGACAUGCAGUACCUGGCGCAGGAGUUCGAGAUCCCCAUCGACCCGGAGGCGAGACGCAAUGCCAAGAGCGUGCCUGGCGAGGACGAGAGCGCCGCCUUCAGGUACUAUCGCAAUGUCUCCUUGUCAAUCCGGCGUCAAAUUUCCGACAUCUUCAAGGAUGAUAUGGAAAUGUUCGGUUACAAACUUCCCGACGAUUUCUGGAUCAGCGGUGAUGAUGGCGAGGUUUCAUCGGGACCUUGAAGUUGUGUUUGUUUGUCUUCACCCGACGAUUUGGUUGUAACUAUCGUUGUUGUUGUUG